AACGUAACGCGGUUGACGUCAGCUCGGGGAAAACAGGUUUAUUCAUCAGAUUUGAAACCUUGGUUCAAGUUGGCAGUUUAAGUCUGGAAGCUGAAGAGGUUGUUUAUGCGAUUGAUCUUUGUGAGAGGAUGUCACAGUCCAGCAUAGAAGACUGGUCUUCCAGUAGAAGAGGCGAGCGUACUCCUCUGAGAAGCCUGGAAAAUGAGACUCCUUCAUCGAGGACCAGGUCAAAGCCACAGUUCAGCGGUGACACAGUGAAAGCUAGCAUGCCAGACGUUCAUCUCUGUGACGCACAGACCCAGUUGGGAACUCUGACCGAUCCCGUUUCCAGGGAUACCACCCAGUCAGAGCGUGGACUUGGAGACGUCACAUUCAAAACCUUCAUUUGUUACGGAGGUGAAGUUGAGAUUUCAGAUUCCUCAGACGGUGGAGAGCAGAGUUUGAUUUUGCCUCAACAUGGGAUUACUCUUACCGCCGAAGCAGAAGAUUCAGUCGCUUCACCCAGCAGGACGGAGCAAUCCUGCAGUGAGCAUGUGGAGCAUCCAUAUUGGAAUUGCAGCGUCAAACAGCCGGAUUCUCCAGUCGCCUGUGAUGGAGGUGAGGUUAAAGUUUCUGACUCCACUGGAUUAAAGGAGGAGACGGUUCCUCUGCCCCAGGAUGACCUCUGGGGUCCAGCACAAGACGACGGCACAAACUCAGCUGACUGCUCCCUGCUGCUUCCAGCGGAGCAUGUCGAUCUGGACUGCAGCAGUGGAAACGAUGAUAUCUCUACAGCACAAACAUCAGAAAACCCAGAUCGUCUGAUUCUGAAGCUGCUGAACUGCAGCGGUGGCGCGGUAGAAAUCCCAGCGGACGCUGAUGUCGCAGAUGAGACUACUCCUCUUUCUCACACCUGCUCUGGCUACAACCACAGCAUGGAUCCGAGUGUGUUAGCCGGUGAUUAUGACCUGGAAAACAGUAAAGAUCACUUAGAUCAUCCCUACUGCAACGUAAAAUACAACUCCUCGCUUCCACCAGAGGAGGUGAACAUUGUUCCAGACAUACAACCAUGCAGCGCUGAAAUAAACUCAGAGCUACCUGAUGGGCAGGAUGAGAACUUUGAUUGGAAAUCAGGUAAAUCCCAGGUGUCUGAGAAGAUGUUGACUUCGCCUAAAGAGGAUUACAACAAAGAACAAAUGAACGACCACCUGAAGAAUGGAGAAGUCGUGUUUGAUAUUAAUCUAUCACCUGAGACAAACGCAUCAUUAAAAAUAGUGGAUGAGAUUCCUAAAAACACUCCUUUAGUUGCGUCCGACUGCAGCCAUCUUGGUGCUUCGGCAGAAACUCUACCACAGCAGCAGCAGCUGGAUUCCACAUCCCACUCCGAGGCAAAAGACAGCGCUCUGGGUUCUUUGGGUCUCUGUAACUCUGCAGAAAAAGCUCCUCCUGCAUCUCCUGCCAUCUUAAAAGUCCUGUCAGAGUGUCCGUCAGUUGCCUCCGCCCUGCAGUUUCUCAGCCCCAUCGGGAAGAGAGCGUCUCUGUCCGCGCCGAAGCGCCCCGUGGUGUCGGGUCAGGACAUGUUUCUACCUGACAAUUCUGCUCUGGAGGAUGAGAAAAGUCUUUUGGCUCCUGUUGACGUUGACUCCAUGGGGUUGUUAGCAGAGCAGCUCGAAAGCCUAAUGCCCUGCCCUCUGCUUAACUCCACUGCUGUAAGUUCAAAGCCACAGGAGGUUUCUGGGAAGAAAGCGCAGCUGGAAACAGCGCCACUUAUUUCUGAUGGCCAGUUUCAGCAGCAGCUUCGGCAGAUGGCCGAGUUCCUCAUGAUGGCGUGUGGAAAGAUGAGCGUCGCUCAUCCUGCUGCCUUCAUGGCCCCCUCAGACAGAGUGGAUCCUGCAGAGUCCCACAGUGUCUGUGUGGGCACCAGUCCACUGAAGAUGGUGGACCACAGCCUGAACACGUCAGGAAUAUUUGUGAAAAAGAGGGAAUUCUCUGUGACCGAUUCCUGCACAGCGACCGAACCACUCAUCUGGAAUUUACCUCCAGGCAGCCUGGAGAGCCUCCCGCGGCUGGAGCUGGAGCAGAGGCUGAUGUCCAGCAUGAUCAUGGUGGAGGCGCUGGUCCAGCAGCUGGCUGCAGCCAGGGCGCACCGCUGCCCCUCUUUGGGCCCGGCUCCUUCGGACCUGAGAGAGAAGCUGGUUCAGACGGACCACACUGAGCUCAGUCAGACCACGAUGUACAGAGAUCUCUACCUGGAGGCUCUGAACCAGAUAACUGAGCUGGAGCUUGAUGGAAAUUCCCUGCAGAAUCUCAUCCAGGCUCUGCAGGAGAUGAGAGCCGCCAUGUCUUCUUUGAGCAACGACACAGAUGUAGCUCUGUCCAACAUGAAGAAAAUGGGCAAAACCAUCAGGGAGGACCAUCAGAACCUGGCGUCCCAUUACGAGCUCAUGAAGUCCCUGUUGGAGAAAUCAAAGGAAACUCAGAGAAGACUCCUGGAGAAGGUGAAAGAAGUUCUUCAGCAGAGGAACAGCAUGGAGGCGCGGAUGGAAGAAGCCUUCGCGGCCAAGGAGGCAGCUUUCGGUGCGAUGGAGCAGCUGAGGACGCACUGCGCCUCUGAAAUCUCAGCUCUGGAGAAAUGUGUCGGAUCUCAGGAGGAGCUGCUAGCGGCUCUGAACCAAACCUGCCCGGAUCAGGUUGCUCUGAAUCGGACCUGCCAGGAAACGCUGAGCUCGGCCUCCGACCUUCUGUCCCGAACUGCAGAGGAUCACUUCAGCCUGAUGCAAGAGCUUUGCAGCGCGCGGCGCCUCCUGCAGGAAACGGCCCCGACGCUCCUUCAGCUGAACGAGCGAGCCGCCGCCGCGCUGAGGGAGAGGGACGAGCAUCGGACGGCGAGAGAGCGAGCCACCGAAGAGAGAGAGCAGAUUGAAGACGAGCUGAAGGAAACUCAGCUGAACCUUCAAACCGCCUCGCAGCAGAUCAGCGAUUUCAAUCUGCAGAUCACCAUCCUGACUUCAGAGAUGGGCGUCCUGCGGCAGAAACUGACGGCGGAAGAGGAGGAGUCCGCUCAGCUGGAGAGGAAGGUGACGGAGCUGUCGGCGACCAUUUCCUCCACGCUGGCGUCCUACGCCUUCCUGGAGCAGGCGCUCGCCGCCGAGACCACUAAGCUGCAGCAGUCCUGGAAAGACUUGCAUGAAGCCAACGACAGAGCAAAUCAGCUGCAGGCGUCUCUGUCGGGUUCAGAGCAGCGGGUCAGUGAACUGGACCGGGCGCUGGCUGAGAGCGACCAGCGGCUCGGUCAGCUCCAGAACCUUUCCCAGUCUCAGACGUUUCAGAUCCAGCAGCUGCAGGAAGUCUGCACCCAGCUGGGCGGCGUGCGGGAAAUGAAUGAGUUCCUGCAGAUGGAGAAUGAGCUGGCGAGGGAGCAGGUGGCCGAGAGCGAGCGGCUCCUCAGGAGCACCCUGCAGGCGCUUCGGGAGAGAAACAUCGAGUGCGAAGACCUGAAAUCAGAAGUGUGCAAACUUCAGCUUGAGAAUCAGAGUCUGAGUGACGAGUUGGAAAUGUCCCGCUGCGCAGCCGGCGCCGCUCGCAUGGAGCUGCAGGAGAGGAUGGCUGAGGUGGUCACUGAGAUCACCGUCCUGCAUCACACGCUGCGCGGUCUGAUCACAGAGCUGCAGCUUUCCCUUAGCAGCCAGAAGGAAGAAAACCAAAAGCAGAAAGAGUCGGCCGUGUUCUCCGGUGCGGAGCGCCAUCAGACGUCCAGCUCCUUCGUCGACAGCGUCAUGGUGGCUUUAACGGCCGAGAAGGAGGAAGACGUCAGAACAGACUCGACCUUAGAUGCAUCAGAGCCACAGAGUGACGCUUUUUUCAGCGAGACGAGCGCCUUCACCUGCGUCGCAGCUCUGAACCCGAAGACGAUCUCGGGCCCGGUCCGGGGUGAAGAGGAGGAGGAUGAGAAGGAGCAGAGCAGCAUGGCGGAGGUCCUCUCCGGCCUCAGCAGAACCAUCGCAGAGCUCAUCAGCACGCUGCAACAGGCUCAGCGCCGCAGAGACGCGCAGCUGCAGGAGCUGCACAGCACCAUCGGUGGCCUGCAGAUGGAGCUGCAGACCUCAAGAAGCAGCCAUCAAGAUGAAGUCCUUGAGCUGAAGCAGGAGGUGCGGCGCCUCAGCAGCCUCGUGGAGAGAGGAAACCAGGCUCUGCAGCAGAAAGCUCAGGACGAGAAAACUCUGACUAAGCUGAUGACAGACGUUCAAGAGGCCCAGGAGAUUUUAAGCAAACACAAGAGCGACAACAAUGAGUUGCGAAGGGAUGCGGCUGAGCUGCGUCGCGCCCUGCAGCAGUCCAGAGUGGAGUCCCAGUGCCUGCGGGAGGAGCUGAGGAGAACCGGCGGCCCGGCGGCGGCCUCGGCUCGCCACAUGGAGGAGAAGAUCCAGCUGCUGAAGGAGGUGGAGAAGCUGAAGGCCAGUCUACAGGAAGCAGUGCAGGCCAAAAAUAAACUCCUGGAAAGAGCGCAGCGCCAUCAAAUCAUCCAUCAGAACAACCAGCAGAAGUCAGAGAAUGAGCUCCAGAUUUUAAACCACGUGAUCAAUAAAGUCAGACAGACUCUCCUCUCGAUACCAGAAGUGGUGAAACGUUGCGAACAGCUGCAGCAGCUGGUGGAUUACAUCGGCUGAAGUGUUUCUGAUUGUCGACACUUGUUUAGAUUACUUUUGUUUUUGUGUUCAUUGACUUGUUUUUAAUCUUUAGAAUGAUUAAAAUAUCUUAACAUAUUGGACAUGUCAUUUCUUUUUGUCAAUAAAUUAAAAAUCAACAA